UGACAGCGGCCGCUGACCAAAUGAAGGAACCCGAAAACGAACCCUGUUGCCAGUAUCGCGAUACGAGAUAACAUGCUGGAGUUCCUAUCUCGAAACUGGCCCACGCAUUAUCUUCUUCGCCAUAUCUCGACCUGGCGUCUAUCAGUCGAUCACAGACGGAUAACCGUUACCGGACCUUGACUUGACCUUGGCGCUAGACUGUGCCAGCCCAUAUAAGGAAGAUCAAUCCGCGACAGUACUGACAGCGGCAAAGACACGAUCGCAGCCACACAGACUACACGAUCGACUCUCAGGUCUUCGAGUGCCAGGAAACACUAGCCGCAAUGGCGAACAAGUUCAGGCAGUACCUGCAGGGCGACCACAAUGCGCCUGGCGAGCGCAAGCUGGUUCGGAAGCUCGACUUCUUCAUCCUUACUUUCUGCUGCCUUAUGUACUUCCUGAAUUAUCUUGAUCGAACAAACCUCAACAAUGCAUACGUCUCUGGUAUGAGAGAAGAGUUGAACUUCAAAGGAAAUCAGCUUAACCAGAUCAACACCGUAUUCACUGUUGGCUACACAGUCGCUCAAGUCCCCUGCAACAUAGCGCUGUACUACGUCAAGCCGAGAUACUUCUUCCCUGCAUGCAUGGUCGCAUGGGCUGCUUUGACAAUGGUGACAGCUGCGGCUCAAAAGCCCCAAGACAUCAUGGCGAUUCGCUUCUUCCAGGCCAUGUUCGAGGCAUCGACUUUCGUCGGAACUCACUACAUCCUUGGCUCGUGGUACACCGAGAAGGAACUCGGCAAGCGCUCAGGCAUCUUCACCGCCUCUGGUCUUGCCGGUACCAUGAUUGGUGGCUUCAUUCAGACUGGCAUACACUCUAGUAUGGACGGACUAAACGGUUUGUCUGGCUGGCGUUGGCUUUUCAUCAUCGAUGGAAUCAUCACGCUGCCCGUCGCACUCUACGGCUUCAUGCUCUUCCCAGACACGCCAAGGAACACGAAGGCCCCGUAUCUCAGCGCAGAAGAAAAGGCUCUCGCAAUCUCUCGAGUUCCAGAGGUUUCAGAGCGCACACCCAUCUCUUGGAGCUUUUUGAAGCACUGCUUCUCGACCUGGUAUUGGUACUUCUUCGUUAUUCUCUGGAUCCUUGCUGGAGAGACCGAAUCCUUCAGCACAAACGCGCUGUUGGCUUUGUACAUGAAGUCGCAUCCAACCAACAAGUACACUGUCACGCAGCUGAACAACUACCCUACGGGCGUGCCGGCAGUCGGUAUUGUAUCAACCCUGUUCUGGGCGACACUUACAGAUUUCAUGGGCGGCAAGCGCUAUCUUGUUGGAUACUGGAUCGGGCUUACAGGCGUCAUCACAAGCGCGCUCAUCCUAGCAUAUCCUGACCACACGGCCAUACACUUUGCUAUGUAUUACUGGGCGGGUAGUGUCUAUGCAUGUCAGGCGACCUUCUUCGCUUGGGCGAAUGAUGUACUCCGCUACGAGGAAGACAGCUUGCGGGCCGUUGUUAUUGCAUCUAUGAACAUGGGCAGCAAUGCCAUCAACGCGUGGUGGUCCAUUGUCUUCUAUGGCGCGAGCUUCGCACCUUAUUUCACGCGGGGAAUGUGGGCAAUGAUUGCGGUAUCGAUAGCAAUGGCUAUAUGGACAGCGUUGCUCGUUUGGCAGCAGGUUCGCACCGAGAAAAGGAGAGAACGGGAGACAAUUUCAACGAAUGUUGCAGCCAAGGAGCAUGAUCUAGACCAAGGUCAUCACCUCGACCAUACCGUCGAGAAAGUCUAGAGUUUACCAACCUCGUCAAGAGACUACCAACCUCAUCAAGAAAUGAGUUUCAUGCAACGGGCUCGGUCCAACUCGCAAACCACCAUCCCUGUGACCAUCUCGUGUUCGGGACAGCUAUGACGAAAUGCAGCCGCACGCAUCCUCGGAACAGCGGGGAACG